AAAUCAGUGUCAAGGGUAUCUGUACAGCUGCACACACUUCUCCUUCUGGUGGGCCUCUCUAGGGACUUUGUGUCUAAUGAGCUAUCCCAACAAAAUGCUCUUGCUGUUGGUGCUUUGUAAGGUGGGCAUUGUCAAGGCCCAUGUGUAGUCAGAGUUGUGAAUUGCUUGUUCUUUUCUCUUACAUGGUAUGCACCUUGGUCUGGAGAGGAGCACUCUUGAGGAAACCUGUGGUACAAUGUUAGCAAUACUUCUGUAGAUGUCUUCUCCCUCCCACCCUUCCUUCUUACCCUCAGGUCCCAAAUACAGUUAAAGUUACCCCAACUGCAGUCUUCUGUGAAGUGCUUGGCAUUCAGUUUUUCAUUGUGCAGUGUCUCUGGAUGCUUGCAUGUACCUGGGGUUUGUUCUGUGUAGGGCAUCAUCCCACAGGGGAAAAGAAAAAAGACAUUUGUUUUGAUUACUGGUGUGUAGCUGUGAGGGUUUUCCUGAAGAGGUGUGCGGUGAUGUGGAGCCAUCCUUGUGCAGCAGCAGCCUUUGGUCUUAGAACAAGAGUGAGUAAAGAAAAGAUUAGAUUUCACUUAUGAGCUAUUUCUAUUUCUGGCAGUGAGAGGCAGAACAUUACGUGUGGUCCAUUAAUUCAGCAGAUCCGUUGGGACCUAUCCUGCUAUUUGGAGCAUUUGGCUAGUUUACCUACAACAGUAUGCACACUUUGGCUACAGGAGCAAUUCUGAUGAGACCCAAGGAGGCUGUUCAGCACUUGAAUGGCACUAAUCUGCGAGCAGGAAAUAGGCAUGCAGAGACACCUACCUGUGAUGAUUCCACCAUCUACAACAACCCCUGUCGGUGAUGCUGCACUCUUGCCAAAUGUGGCUUCUCAGGAAAUCUGGAGAUCACAGGUUCCAAGCUAUUCUGGAUCGGUCACACGGCACAUAAGUCAUCGGGCCAACAACUUCAAGAGACAUCCAAAGAGGAGAAAACACAUUCGCCCUUCGCCACCACCACCACCAAACACUCCAUGUCCUAUUGAUUUGAUUGACUUUGGGGAUCUUCAGCCUCAGAGGUCUUUCCUAGAACUCCUCUUUAAUGGGUGCAUUCUCUUUGGGCUCGAGUUCAGCUAUGCCAUAGAAACAGCCUAUGUUACCCCUGUGCUGCUUCAGAUGGGGCUUCCAGACCAACUGUACGGAAUGGUGUGGUUCAUCAGCCCUAUAUUAGGAUUCUUGCUACAGCCUUUGCUGGGAGCCUGGAGCGACAGAUGCACAUCAAGAUUUGGGAGGAGACGACCUUUCAUUUUGGUCUUAGCAAUAGGAGCGUUGCUUGGGCUCUCGCUUAUGCUUAAUGGCAAAGAUAUAGGAAGCACCUUGUCUGACACUGCGAAUAACCACAAAUGGGGUAUCAUUCUUACGGUCUGUGGUGUUGUCCUCAUGGACUUCAGCGCAGAUUCAGCAGACAAUCCCAGUCAUGCCUACAUGAUGGAUGUAUGCAGCCCAGUGGAUCAAGACAGGGGCCUCAACAUCCACGCUUUGUUAGCAGGUCUUGGAGGUGGCUUUGGUUAUGUUGUUGGAGGAAUACACUGGGAUAAAACCAGUUUUGGAAAAGCUGUGGGAGGGCAACUUCGUGUCAUCUAUGUCUUCACCUCAGUUACACUGACUAUCACUACUGUACUGACUCUAAUUAGCAUUCCAGAAAGACCCUUAAGGUCCUUUGUCAGGAAGAAAAAGGUGAUGAAGAGUCCAAGUCUUCCUCUCCCUCCUUCUCCACCUUUCUUCUUUGAGGAGGGUGUAAAUGAAAACUUUGCUUCUCAUAACUCAGCUCACUUACAUGCAAGUUUUACGAGUCCUGUUUCCCCCCUGAGCCCACUCACACCCAAGUAUGGCAGUUUUAUCAGCAGAGACAAUUCCUUGACAGGAAUUAAUGAGUUUGCAUCAUCAUUUGGGACUUCAAAUAUUGACAGUGUGCUUAUAGACUGUUUUACAGGCGGGCACAAUAGUUACGUAGCACUUCCAGCUAGCCUGCCCAGACAGCCUGUCAGUGUCAGCUUUCCUCGGGUGCCUGAUAGCUGUUACCAAGGACAAAAUGGAGUUUUGGAGCAAGGGGAGAGCAGCAUAACACCGGGGCCUGACGGCGAGGUGCUGAGGGUGGGCUCACUGGAUACGAUAAAGCCACGGUCAUCAGGGAUCCUGAAAAGGCCUCAGACCUUGGCCAUUCCAGAUAUCGUAACAGGACACUGUCCAGAAAAUAGCAGAAGAAGAAACGUAACCUUCAGCCAACAGGUUGCUAAUAUCUUGCUGAAUGGUGUAAAAUAUGAGAGCGAGCUGAAUGGAUCAAGCGAGACCACUGAACAACCACUCUCCAUGAAACUCCUUUGUUCCACCAUCUGCCAGAUGCCCAAGGCUCUCCGCAAUCUCUGCAUCAACCACUUCCUAGGAUGGCUUUCAUUUGAGGGCAUGUUACUCUUCUACACUGACUUCAUGGGAGAAGUAGUGUUUCAAGGGGACCCAAAAGCACCUCACAACUCAGAUGAGUAUCAGAAGUACAACGCUGGGGUCACCAUGGGCUGCUGGGGAAUGUGCAUCUAUGCAUUCAGUGCUGCUUUCUAUUCAGCCGCGCUGGAAAAGCUGGAGGAGCGGUUCAGCACACGGACACUGUACUUUGUGGCAUAUUUGUCCUUCGGGCUCGGCACAGGUCUGGCCACACUCUCCAGGAAUGUCUAUGUGGUGCUGUCACUGUGUGCUACCUACGGCAUCCUCUUCGCCACGCUCUGCACGCUGCCCUAUUCCCUGCUGUGUGACUACUACCAGAGCCAUGAGUUUGUAGGCUCACAGGCGGAGGGCACACGGCGUGGGAUGGGCGUUGACAUCUCCCUGCUGAGCUGCCAGUACUUCCUGGCGCAGAUCCUUGUGGCCCUGGCCAUGGGACCACUGACAGCAGCUGUGGGCAGUGCCAGCGGUGCCAUGUACUUCGCCAGCCUGAUGUCCUUCCUAGGCUGUCUCUUCUCCUCCCUCUGUGUCACCUAUGAGCUGCCACCCACCGAGGAGCUGCCUCCCACGGAAGAGCAGCGCCCGCUCUUGCCCCACGCGCGGAACGAAUAAACGGGAGAAGCUGCCACAGCCUCUGCUGCCUCUUUGUGUCACCCUCAGCCUCCCCACCAUGGCGUGUUAGGCUCUCGUGCCCCCAGGCCGGCAGCAAUGGACCUGGCAAACAGCAGGAAGGUCUGCGCUGCUUCGCUAAGCUUUCCCAUGCUCGUGGGAGGGCAAAGGGCAAGUGGGCAGCACGUGGCACUGCUCAUCCUUCCCCGGAGGUGGCAGAGGUCUGUCUGUGCCCCCACUCCCUCCACCUGUGCCAUGGUGCCGACAUUCCCAGGGGGACAGGUGGUGGUGUCCAGCCCUAGGGAGGGGAUCUGGAAGUCUGGUGCAUGGGCAGGGUGACCAUGAUUUCUCAGGUGGCAGCAAGCUGCAGGGCUGCAAAUGCCACUAAGGGCACCGCCAUGGGCAGAAGAUGAUGGGCAGAAGGUGCCAUCAUGUGGCCAGGCAUGUUGGCCCUAUCCUCAGUCACUGUGGCCUUGAGGAGCAGUGGGGCCAACCUGCAGGUCCUGGCCUCUGCCUAUGGUAGGCCUGGCUCUGGAAGAUGCUUUUCAGAACUUGGAAAGGCUGAGGGUGACUGGUCCUGCUCGUGUGGGGUGAGCACUCUGCCAAGUGCCGUGUACUCAAGUGUGCAGAGCUUGCACCAGCAGAACUGUUCCAGGAAGCUGCUGUGGGGUGAAACUGCAGCAGCCCAGCUCCCAAACCCUGCUCUGUGAGUUCUGGCUGUGGUUCAUGGUGAUGGUUGCAUAUUUCCUUCCAUGUUAGACUCUAAUAAGACUACAAGGGCUUAUAAUGAGUUAGCAAGAGGAUGGGCAGUUGUCUGUAACCCAGCUGUGAGGAGAAGAGUUUUUGCAUCAAUUUCCCUUGGGUAGAAGCUUACUCUCAAAGUUAAGUUGGUAAUUUAAGAGAAAACAUUUAUGUGAAAGCCUGCAAAACAUCAUCCUUGUUUUUCAUACAGUUGUACCUUGAGACAUUCUGAAAUCUGCACGGGGAUCAGUGACCAGGUCCUUGUCAGCUGGAGCUACAUCUGCCGUAUCUCACUGAAACUACUAAAAUGGUUUGGGGUUCCAUUUUGGGGUCUGUGAAAAUGCUUAUUGUGAUUUUGAAGGUGGUAAAUGUGUGAGCUCUCUUACCAGUUAAGCCCAGGAGUCUUUUGAGAGCAAAGCCAAAAAACAGAAAUAAAGUCAAACCUUUUUUUAGGGUCCCUGUUAGCCUGCCUCUCUAUUUGGGUAGGCAGCCAAAGUUUACCAAGCCUCGUGGGCAUUUUGGUACCGUGUGUGCUGUGCAUGGCAUCCCUGUAGAGGUUAUUUUAGGUCCAGAAGAGGAAUUUCUCUGAAGGGUCUCUUUUUUGGAAUGAGUUCUACUUGACUUUACCCAAGUUCAUCCUGAUGCUUUGUCUGCAAUGCCAAGAUGGAACAACUUGUAUAAUCUGUAGCUGUUGUGGCUUACUACACUGCAGUGCUGAAAGCAUAAUGCACAACUCCUAAGAAUCUCUUGACCAUCUGCCCCUGAGCAUUACUUUUCUUAUUUUAGAAGCAAGUUUCAUGCUACUCAGUAUGUACUUAAGUGGAGGAAUGCCACUGAAAUUACGAAGUCAAGAACUCAAGAGGUAAAGGACAGUCAGAUUGAUGAGUCUGUUCGUCUUCCUUUUCUUUGUUUGGGCUUAUGUAGUGUUAUAGCUGCAGGAGUAUCUGUGAUAUACCAUUCCCUUGAUUAUGGGACGGCUGUACCCAAGACUGUUCAGGAUGAAGCUGGAACAGAAUAGCAUAAGAAACUGCACAUUUGGCACUUCUGAUUUCUGACAAUCUAAAGACUUGACUUUGGAAAACUGCUUUCGUGUUGCUCUGCUGUGUAACCUUAAUUUCUCUUUGUUAUCUCACCAAACUUUUCAACUAAAAAAUACGUGUGGUUUUUCUUUUGGUCCAGUGUUAAAGUGUUUUCUCUUACGUUUUGUAGCCAGCAUUAUUGCACUAAAUGGAUCAUAAGCACUUUCCUUUUCCAGGCAGCUCAAGUUACAGAUCAUUUUAUUGCAAGUGAGGAUCUUCAAAAGAUUCACAGAAUUGAUGAAAUCAAUGUAGUUGAUGGUAACUUUUGUCUUUGCUUCCAUCUAUAAAUAAUAUUAUGAAAUACUUUUAUAUAGUGAUAAAACUAUUGCUAUGCCCCUAUGCAUUGCCCAAUAGAAUAUACAUUUUCUAUUUUAUGUUAUAUAGACUUAAUUUUGCAGAUAUAUUUAUGUAGUGUUCACAUACAUAGGACUUGAAGGUCAGCAUCAGUGUAUGCUAAUUUGGAACUUUGAGCAAUACUGGUGAUACCUGGGAAAAACGCCAGAGCCUGCCACCCCCAUGCAGGCUUGGAAGUGAUACCAAAUCCAUAGUAAUAAGAGGCAUUACUUAUCUACUUGUUUUCUUCCUUUUAAUCCUUUGUGUUUUACAGGACUGACUGUGCAGUCACUGUUGAGCUGCGAGUGCAAAGUGAUGUUUACUUUUAGAAUGUAAACGCUGCAAAUACUCUGUCUAAAUCUGUGAGCUGCUGUUUGAGAAGAUGCAUGAGUUUAGGCAGGAAAGUGAUUUUACGCUGUGCUGUAGUUUAAUCUCUUCAGUGGUGCCUAAAGGUUAAUUUUGAUGAAGUUCUUAUCAUUAAAGGUUGCUUGAUGGCGAUUAUUUGUGAAUGUUCAUAAAUGGAUUUAGAACACGUGUACAGAAGUAGGGAAAAUGGGAAGAGGAACAGAGAAAGAACGUGUGUUAUCAAUUGUCUCAUGUUUGUAAUGAAGCAGCAUGUGUCUGCAGUUCACUUGGCCUCUGCCGUGUCUCUCAGAAAAGACAACCUAAUGAUUUUGGAACUUCUGGUGUUAUCUUUGAAUGAGGAAAAUGAGUCUUUUCAAACCACAUCAAACUUGCAUGACUGAGUACAUAUAAAAAGAAAAGCUGUAUUGGGAACUAGCCGAAGAGAGGUGUCUAGACAGUUUAUUUUCUACUAAGGAACAGUCAUCUUGUUCUCUAUAGGAGAUGCAUUUUAUUUACUAAAAAGAGUUUGUCUUCUGGUAAAAGGUGGCUUCCUUAAUGUAUAUGUUGUCCAUCCCUCAGAUUGAAAGACAGUGAGAGACUUUUAGAUGCCAUUAACACAACACCCAGUGGGUUGUAUUAAGUACAACAUCUUGCGAAUUCAGUGACUACUGGAGCAUUUGCUCUCUCCCUGUGCAGAAUGGUAAAUGUGUGCAACAAUGAGUAUUUUUGGUGUAUACAGCUUGUGCCUAAUGGAGUUUUAUGUGAGCUCUAACAGGCAACAGCAUGGUCCAGUAUUCAGGAGCAGGAGAAAGGCAGUGAAUAAUGUUAAUCAGAUGAAUUCAAGUGCAGUCUACAGAUUGAGAGAAGUCUGCAGUGGGGUUGGUGCAGUAUGUGCCAUGUACAUAAGGCUCUUGCUUGCUUGUUUUUGCCAUUUCUAGGAUCCAGUGAUACCUUUCUUGAACAAAGAAUAACAGAUUUUGCUAGAGAUUCAGUCUUCAUCUGUAGCUUUCUUCAUGCUUUGCAUCAGCCCAGUGAUACUCUUGCUUCUGGCUUAUGCUCACUCCUUGUGUGCAGUUGGAGGGGUGUUUUAGCCCAUGUCUUCUGGGGUAACAGAGGAAGGUGACAGUAAUAGCUGACUAAGUUCAGUAGCUCCUUCCUACCUGCAAAGUUCUUGCUCCAUUUGCACUAGCCCUUGCUGUAGGGAGAGUAUUUAGUGCAGUGCCUACAGUAACACAUCCCUGAACCUUGCAGGGGACUUAGCAGACAGAGCAAGAGAAAAGACCCCACUGUGGGAAGCACAACCUCAGCACCAGCAGACUCUCCUCUUGGUACUGCUUUCAUUUACCUGGCAUUAUUACUGUGUCUUGCAACAGUAGUGUCUGAUGAUAAUGGUUCCUCACCCUAUUGCAUUACAGAGCACCCCAACAGCACUUCAGGAUUCAAAAGGACAUGAAACAA